AUGGCUAGCAGAGCCGGCGCAAAUGGGGACACCCGAGCUCACGGCGAAGACGGCGAGGGUGUAGAGACGGAGACGCAUCAACCGACGACACCGUCCGUGUCAUCCCCAAGUUCUGCGACAUCGCCGCCGUAUUGGCUCGUUCAUCAUUCGCAGAGCAAUAUGUCUGCGUCCGUCGAUUCGCAGGCUUUCUUGGAGGGCGGUGGUAUCACCAUGAGGGAUAAUGAGUCGGAGGACUGGGGAGGGCGCAAUAGCGCAUGUUGGGCGAGAAGCGUGGAAAUUCCGAAUUACGUCGUUGUCAACGGGAGCGCGACCAACAUCGGCGCUUUCGUAGUUUUCAACGUCCGGGUGGAAACCAUGAAUGGUAGCCACAUGAAUAUUCGCAAGCGAUAUUCCGAAUUCGACGAUUUACGGCGCAGACUGAUCCGAACGUUCCCCAACUUCGAGGCGGCUGUCCCGCCCUUGCCGCCCAAAAGCGUCAUAUCCAAAUUCCGCCGGCCGUUUCUUGAGAAACGGAGAUCAGCCCUUCAAUAUUUCCUCAACUGCAUCUUAUUGAACCCAGAGUUUUCUGCAUCGCCGGUUUUGAAGGAGUUCCUCUUUGCAUAA